UCUGAACGUAAAGAUACGUUGAUUGGCAGAUAAUAUAAAAAGGCAUUUGGUAUUCGUGAUCAAGGCUGGAUGAAUUAAUUAAUUAAUCCUUCGUUUGUGUUCAAGGCAGGCCUCUGGUUUGAAUUUUUUAGAGGCAGACGACCCUCCCGCCAUGGCGUCGUCAGCUUUUAGGAAGGAAACGACAGACACAUAUUUAUCAAACCAAUCAGAGGUCUCCUCAAGCCUUGGAGGUUUCAUUUUCCUCUGCAAUCAAUACACCAUAUCUCAACAACUUCAGCACCACCUUUUUGCUUUGCCAAUUGAGUAUCUUGACAGAGUUAAAGCUAUAAGGCCCGGCUUGCCUCUGUUUCUGUACAACUCUUCUGAUAGGCGCCUUCAUGGCGUUUUUGAGGCAGCAUGUAAUGGAGGAUUAAAUUUGAGGAAUCCUCCAGGGAAGCAUAUGAGCGCCGAACAAAGUGGAAGGGUGUUUGAAUCCCAGUAUCCCGCACAGGUUAAAAUGCAUGUCAGGGAAAGGCGACCUUCCCUUGACAUAGAUCAAGUUAGAUCAGUUCUUCAUCCACAUGACCACCAUGAAUUUCAGCUUGAAUUAUCUCCAACAGAGGUGGAGAGUUUGCUGCGAUUAUUUGAUUGCAAGAAUAGAAAAGUCAGGCGAUGUAAGAAUGCAGAAGGGAAUAUCAAUGGAAAAAGCUGUUUUGCUGAAAGCCCGAAAGAUGAAAUAUCAAACAUUUGUUUUGGAUCACAUAAGGCUACUUUGAAGGUGAGUAUAUAUGCUACUAGUACAUUGCCCAGCAAAGGGAUGGGUGACAAAACAAUAUUUCCUCGAUACAGAAGUAUUCUGUCUUCAAACACUGUCCCAAGUUCAAAUGGGGUACUUGAGAGCCCUGCAAGAGGAUUGAAGAAAAAUGAGACCUUCUGGCGCAAGAAAGAAGUAUCCACAGGUCCUGUUACUAAUAAUUCUGCUGAUUGUGCUGGAAUGGCUGUACUUCCUAUGGGAAAAAAUGGUUCUAAUUCAGGGGAUGAACUUGUAAUUUCUGAGGCAGAGGCUAAUAGUUUACAAAACUUAAAUCAUAAUAUAAAUGGUGAGCUGUUGAAUCUGUCGGGGCAGAAGUUUCAUGAACGUUCUGACACUAACAAUAGAAAGGCUUUUUUAAAAUCACACAAAAUAUGUGGUAAUCAGAAAUACGUUUAUGUUGAAUCUAAUGCCCAGCAUCCUUGUAAGAACUUUGAGAGUUGUAAGAAUGUGGAGAAGCCGCGCAAGCAUAAUGACAAAGAACAAAUAUUUGAUAAGGAACAGAAACAGAAACAGAAGACGCAACAGGGGAUACUAGAACAACAUUUGCUUUCUUCCCCCAUGUCUGCAGUGUCUUUUGUGCCAUAUGUUUUACAGAUUCCAUUUCUGUAUUCUAAUGUGCCAGUUGCAGAUAGUUUGUCACAUUUUUGUCAUUCAUCGUCUUAUUCAUUAGAGGAAUACAUUUAUGCUCCACUUGGGUCUUCUAUUUUUUCAUCGACUCAUGGCAUGUUGGAAGGUAAUGAAGUAAACAUGCAUGCCCUUCAUUCUGAGAUAGUGCAGUUUGCCCAUAAUGUGAGACCCAGCGAUGCAGUAUAUCAACAAGUACAAGCAGCAGUCGAAUGUGUACGCCUCGAAGUAAAACACUGUUGGCCUAACAAGGACAUAGAGGUUUAUGGCUCUUUUGCAACAGGACUUUGCAUUAGUCAAAGUGACAUUGAUGUGGUAGUCGUUGGGUGCCAAACAGCACUUGAAACUACUCUUGAAAAAGAAGGCACACUUUCUUUAAUCAGGAAGCUUGCAAAACAAUUGACAGGCUGUAGCUGGUGUGAAGGCCUAUAUACAAUAGAAUCUGCACCCAUUCCUGUAAUAAAGCUUAAUUGCAAUCCUACUGUAGUUGUCUCUUCAAAUGAAGGAUCCUGUCUGGAACCUAUUGCCAUUGAUAUUACCAUAGGAGGAAGAAAUGGGUUAACAGAUAAAAACAUCCAUAGUGGUGUACAUGCAAGAGAGUUUGUUCUCCAUAAGUUGCAUCAGUUCCCUUCUUUGGUUCCCUUGGUUCUCUUAUUGAAGUCAUAUCUGCAUCAUAAAGGGUUGAACACGGUAUAUUUUGGAGGAUUAUCAUCUUAUUCGUUGACUCUGAUGCUAGUAUUUUACCUAGAGCAAAUGUUUCCAGCUUUUCCAGAUAUGUCUCUACCUUCAGCUUCUUUGAAACCAGUUGAAACCUUGUGCUUGUUUGGCAAAGAUUCUUCUGUUGGGGAACCUGUGAUUAAAAGGGCAAAAUAUGUUAUUGAUCAGUUGCUCAGGCUUCUUGACACUUCUGUUGGAUUCCCCAAUCUAGGGACCUUACUUUUGGGUUUUUUGACCUAUUUCGGUUCAUUUAUUGAUUUUUCCCGUAUGAGAAUUGUUUUACAGGGUAAGGACGGAAAUCCUGGUGGGAUAUUCUGGCAAAGUGAAAGGCAAACGCCAGCUCCACUGUACAUUGAGGAUCCUUUGCGGCCAGGUGUAAAUGUUGGUGCAGGGUCUUUUGCUAUGUGCCAUGUACAGACUGCAUUUGUGGAGAUGCUACAAAUUCUGACCAGACCACUUCCAGACACAUUAAAUCAUACAAAACCCAUUUCAAGCCAGAGUAAUUCUCUUCCAUAUCUAGAUCAACUGUUCUACAAAACUGGAAACUGAUGUCAAAGAAAAAACAAUGUUGUCUUCAGCAGAGGAGUAGCAGGGAAGUAACUUAACUGAGUCACUGAUUAGUGUAACUUAUGGAAGUGAUAUAAUUGAUAAGAGUAAUUGAUGAGUAGUGCUAUUUUGUAUUCCAGUAGAAUAUAACUUAUGAAUAGCAUGAUAAUCAAUGUUUUUACACGGUGUCUUCUCAGAUGAAGUUGCUAUUAUGCAAACUUAGAUUUUACCAGUGCAAAUCAUUCCAAUUAGGCCGAGGAAGACAAAAUUAGUAGCUGUUUAUAUAACAAACAUGGAAAUCAGGGGUAUAAUUCUUCAAUUCUUUAAUUUUUAAUUCAUCAUAUUUUUGCAAUAAUUUUGUCCGUCUGUAAUUGUGAAAUUCAUAUAUUCAUACCAUUUUCCAUUU